UCCAGAUGCGGCGCCGUCCCCGAGCCCCGGCGCCGCCGUCCCCGACCCCCGGCGCCGCCCCCCAGUAUCGGCACCGCCUCCCCCGACUCCCGUCGCCUCCCCCCGAGUCCCGUCGCCGCCGUCCCCGAGUGGAGCCGCCAUCUGUGAGCCCCGGCGCCGUCCCCGAGUCCCGGUGCCGCCCCUGCGAGGAGCCGCCGGGCCGCCGUCGCGUUCUGCCUCUACGAGCAGAAGGUGAUCCCAAAACGCAGUGCUUUCACAUGCAACUCGGUCGUCGCCACAUCGAGGGCCACGUGCUGACGAAAAGAGAACAGGUGUACUACCAUUUAUGUCAAUUGAUUUAUGUCAAUUUGUUACUAUUUCGUACCUGGGAUUUUAUGGGACAUUUUCUUCUCCUUAAGAAGCAGAUAAUGUGAUUGUUGAGAAGGCUGAGAGAAGUGAUAUUCCUGACAUCGACAAGAAAAAGUCACUUCUCAACAUCUCUACUAGAUAUCUGAAAAUUAUUUCUACUUUGGCUGAGAGAAGGCUGAGAGGUGAUUGUAUGGACUCUUUUGUUUAA